AUGGCAGGGAAUCUUUCUGAACUUAUUGUAGAAGCAUCAACAUUUAAGGACAAUAUGGAUCAUUUGUUUUUAAUCAUUAUGGGAAUGUGUGUUGUUUUUAUACAGUGCGGGUUUGCCUUCUUAGAAGCCGGUGCAGUCAGAAGCAAAAAUACUACAAAUAUUCUUAUCAAGAAUGUAAUGGAUUUCUUUAUCUCUGGUAUAUCUUAUUGGUUGUUCGGAUUUGCCUUCGCUUAUGGUGAUGGUGCCGCCGACAAGUUUAUUGGACUGAAGUAUUUUGCUUCCUAUGGUGUUACACACAGCGAAUACGCCAUGUUUUUCUUUCAGUUUACGUUUGCCGCCACAGCUUCCACAAUUGUUUCCGGUGCAGUAGCGGAGAGAUGCGAGUUUGUGGCAUACUUGGUGUAUAGUGUAAUUAUAACAGGCUUUAUCUACCCCGUCGUUACACACUGGGCAUGGUCCUCUGGGGGAUGGCUUACAAUUGGGGAUACAUACUCAAGACUUGACAACGAAAGAGUUGCUUAUCAGGACUUUGCCGGUAGCGGAGUUGUACAUGUCCUCGGUGGAACCGCGGCUCUUGUGGGGGCUGUAAUACUGGGUCCCAGAAUCGGCCGAUUUCAUCGCAGCUCCAAAACUGUAGCCCCCAUCAGAGGACACUCCGUACCGAUGGUUGCUUUGGGUGGAUUCAUUCUUUAAUUCGGAUUUUUGGCCUUUAAUGGUGGAUCCCAACUGUCAAUCAGUAACCCUGGUGACGGUGAUGUGAUGUCAAUAGUAGUAAUAAAUACGGUUAUGUCCGGGUCAUGUGCUGCUCUUACGUCACUCAUCAUCAACCGGCUUCAAAUGUUUGGAAAUACUUGGAGUUUAUUGAUAACCAUCAACGGUUCAUUGACUGGAAUGGUUGCCAUAUGUGCUGGAUGUAAUGUAUACGAACCCUAUGCCGCAUGCGUGAUCGGGCUCAAUUCUGCGAUUGUAUACAUGGCAUACUCAGCUUUGAUGGUCAAGGUUGGUGUAGAUGAUCCCCUGGAUGCUGUGGCAGUGCAUUUUGGUGGAGGCAGCUGGGGAGUUAUAGCUGUGGCAUUCUUUAACAAUUCCAAAGGAAUUUUAUAUGCACAGGAUCUCAAAUCUGCUUACGUAAGCUCAUUUUCAACGUGA